AUGUUACGAAACUCUCCAGGCUCGGCCUCCAACUCGAUCGACAAUAUUCCUCUCCCCGAAUGGGAUACUCCAAUUGUUCUUCAAUUCUUGACCAAUCAAAAAGUAACAGACAAGAAAGUUCAUCAAAUAUUUGAAACCAAUCAGAUCAACGGAAUCAUGCUUGCAUCAAUGACUCUUGAUGAUUUGAAGCGAUUGGGUGUUCCCAUUGGAUUUGCCAAUACGAUCAUCAAAAAAGUUGCUUCUUUAAAAGAGUAUCAAGAAAAGUUCAUUGACGCUGAUGCUUUGGAAAUGAGAGAUUUAGCCAAAGAUAUCAUUCCAAGCACGUCAGCCAAAGAUAUCAUUCCAAACAUGUCACAAGGUUCUGAUGAAUUACAAGGACUCUCGUGCUCCUAUGAUGCAAAAGAUACUUCUUCUUCGACGGUAUUUGUUGCGUGUCCCAUGUGGAAUGUCAACAAAUUCAACGACACGCAAAAACAACAAUUUGAAUUCUGCAUGCCAAAAUUGGACUUUCUUCCAGAGACGAAUAAUCCAAAUUUCAAACAAACCAUUUGUCAGAAUUUAAUUUUCCCCAACAGAUUCAUGUAUGAAUACUUGAAUCCCCAACGCAUACCUGAAUAUAAACAACAAGUUCCAAAUACUGGUAAAGAGUCGAGCUUGAAAGUAAGAUUAGUGAUCACAGAGCUGAGUGAAGCAACUACUCAUCGAAUUGUUAGAAAAUUUGGAGCUAUUGUUGGAUUAACUGGUGAUGUUUCCUAUGGAAUGUUUCACACAGCACUGAUUGUUGGUCCUUGGUAUUUGGAAUGGGGUGACAAAUCUCUUGCUAUGGUUCGACAACGAUCCUCUGCUAAGGCUGUGUUUGUUGCUACUAUUGGCGAAAUUAAGGGAACGGAAAGAGUGAGCCAAAAACUUGUAGCUCUUGCUCAAGUUUGUGCGGAUUGGAAUGCAACGAAAACGUAUGACAAAACGAAAUGUAAUUGUCAACAUUUCACUGAAGCUGCCAUUGAAGCAUUGAACAUGUCAAUUGAAUUCAACCACAACAUUGAUGCCAAAACUAAAAAGUAUUUGGAGAAAAUGAAACAAUUGGGAUCUGGUGAGCGUGUUUACAAAGUUGACAAGGAAUUGAAGAAAGUGUUGUUGGAUUCAAAUGUUAUAACCACAGACAAUGACACACUUCAAUUAAUUCAAAAUAUGAGAAAGAAAAUUGAAAGUAAUUCCAAAUUUUAUUUCAAAACUCACAAGGAAUUGGAUGAAUUUGUGAAAUUUGCCAUAACUGUUCAUCCUCUUUUCACAUCUUCACAAGAUUAUGCUUUUUUGAAAGGAUUUGAUCGGGCUUUUUGGUUGAAAUAUCAAAGUGAGAAAAGUAGAAACGACAUUCCAUAUCGCGAAACAUGUAAACCAUUAAUGGAAUCGGAAAGCAUUUGUUUAUGCCCAUUCAACCCAACUCAGGACCAUAUGGACAAUGUUAACAUGACUGUUGUGGGACAAGAUUUUGUGUUGGAAGCUCAAUGUGGUUGGAAGCCUCCAAAACAAUGA